UGCGUGGCACGGCGUCGUUCCAUAAGUCUCUUUGUUCUGUCUUUUGGAGUGUGGAAGGCAUAUUACCCCUCUUCUUUUCACAUCGCGGAUUUGCCCCACCUACUCCUCUAUUCCCUUCCUUGAUUCUUUCAUCUAUUCAGCUAUUCUCUUAUCGAAUUCAUCUCAAACUCAUCUGGGUUUGGUUUUUUCACUCUCAAUUCUUCCGCAUCGGCAUCGUCUAAGAUCCUCCAGUCAAGAUAUGAAUUUUUUCUGUAGGAACAUGGCUGACGAAUCUUCACCUUCGCAGCAUGAUAUUGUUCGGUGCCCAUUUUUGCGCAACAUUAAUGAACCGACUAACUUCUCCUUUUCAUCAUCCAUGGCUUUCCCAUUGCCCGCCCGGGGAACCAAAGGUCCUAUAUUUGAGGACGGUCCCAAUUUUGAUAUGGCGUUUAGGCUUUUCCAUGGCCAGAAUGGUGUUGUCCCGCUUUCUGAGGGAUCAUUGCAAUUUCCCCAAAAGGUGAAGGCCGAACCAGUGUCCCAGCAGUUUAAUCCUUUGGCAGCAAAGGCAGCCACUAUCAGUCUCUCGGGUUUUGGAGGGUCCUUCGGUUUUGAUGCAUUCAACGAGAUGUUCAAGAAUCAACAAAAAAAGAAUAAAUCUUCCAAGAAAGACUCUUCUGAGAGUGGUGACUCGAAGCAUGAGGCAAUGGGCGAGGAGUGGCUUAAAAGUGGGAAUUGUCCAAUUGCCAAGUCAUAUCGGGCGGUCAGUAAUGUUCUACCAAUUGUGGCCAAGGCAUUGAAACCACCAUCGGGCAUAAAGUACAAGUGCCCACCGGCAAUCGUGGCUGCCCGGGCAGCUCUAGCACGAACCGCCUUUGCAAAGAACCUCAGACCUCAACCGCUCCCUGCAAAGAUACUAGUGAUCGGGGUAAUGGGCAUGGCCGCUAAUGUCCCAUUAGGAAUAUGGCGAGAACACACCGAGAAAUUCUCACCUUCUUGGUUUGCAGCUGUUCAUGCCGCUGUUCCUUUUAUAGCCAUGCUCAGAAAGUCAGUUCUGAUGCCAAAAACAGCCAUGGCAUUUACAAUUGCGGCUUCUAUUCUCGGGCAGGUUAUUGGAUCUAGAGCUGAGCGGUACCGCCUGAAAGCCAUUGCAGCCAGACCCCCAGCUGUGGCGGGAACUUUUGUUGGCGGGUUUGACCCGGCAGGGGUCAAUAUGGGUGGCUCGCAUCCAGUGGGAGUUACAGGCGGACAUUGUGGUGAAGCCGUUGAGUGGAAAUCUGGCCCUCUGCAAGUCGCUGGGCCAUCGGCUUAGCUUGUGUAAGCUUCUGCUUAUCUCGGUUGGUUGUGUUAUGUAUUGUUCGUCUUUUGUCGGGCAUAUGAGUUGAAAAUAAUAAAAGUUACUGGAUUAUUAUUUCAUAAAUGUUGCCGAAUGUGUCUAAAGACUCGGCCUGUUUUGGCAUACAAUGUGGUACCUUCAGGUGCUAAUUGAUGCCGGUAAUGUUUGGUUGUCAAAACUUUUAAGAUGUGCAUUAUGUAAUCUAAUAUGUGAAGUAGCCUUGGUCUUUUUCUAGUAUGCUGUCCUGGUGGAAAUCAAAUUCCUGUUUUCAGGAAUUACACCAGCUGGCAGCCUGCUUGUAUUUCACCCUUCAGACUAUACCCGUGAGCGAGAUAUACUGAGUUUGUUUGGUUCA